AUGUACUCAGCACUCAACCCUAACAAACCUAUUGAACAAUAUGAAAUGGUCGACCAAAGUCACCUACGAUCAACAUCCGGGACUGAUGUGAGCACGUUUGACAAUGAUGAUGAUGAUGAUGAUGAUGAAACUCCUUCCAAGCUGUCCAUUGACUCCAGGUCAUCCAACCUUUUAGACGACAUCGAAAACUGUGCAAUGAAGAAUGGAGAUACAAAAGACGAUUUCAAUAACGACCCGUUCUUUCAGUCUAUUUUACGAAAAUAUCGAAAACAAGGGUUUCCUUUGACGUAUUGCAGUGCUGCUGGAGUGGUUUGCUUAAUCUUAUGGAUCGGUGGUAUUGUGGCGUAUUCACAUCAAAGUCCGUCACAGCUAAUAUCGAACUCAAAAUGGCAAACAAAUGUCAAUUUGGGUGACCGGAAUGUAACUCUAGCAAAAUAUGAUCCAAGUUUGAAGAAUCUAACGUUUGACGGCUGGAGAAAUGGUGACUAUAUGACAUAUGAAGAGGAGGUCCAUUGGUUGAGUGAAAAUCAAUCGCCAGGUGGCAAUGGAGGGGGGUAUUACUUGACGUCUACCCUGCGCUCUUAUUUGAUAAAACGAGCUAACAACGAUUAUGAGGCAAUUCUUCUACCGUCCAAGAAAUUUGCUUACCAAAACAAUUUUUUCAAUAUAGAGGAAGUAGCAUUGAACCCGUCAACCCCCGUUGACCAUCUCAACAAUUUUCAUCUUAUCAAAACAGACACUUUGAAACAAUGGAGACACCUGUCGUUUGCCCUAUAUUGGAUCUACAAUGCUCAGCUUUCAACUUACACACCUGUUCAACCGCCUGAGAAAGUCAAGGAGAGUACAUCCAAAUUGAAAGCCUCCGUUUUAGAAAAGUUACAUUUCGCAGAGUUUUCUCCUGAUGGAAAUUUUGUCUUGUUUGGGUUUGAGCACAAUUUGUACGUCCAAAACUUAUCGGAUAAUACUGUACAGCAGAUCACCACGGAUGGAACACGUUAUAUCUUCAAUGGAAAACCUGACUGGGUAUAUGAAGAGGAGGUGGUUGCAACUGACCGCAUGGUGUGGUGGUCACCAGACUCGAAACAAAUUGUGUUUACCAAAAUCAACGACACCCAGGUUGAGGAAGUGAACAUCGAUUACUAUGUGAAGGAAAGUUCGGAAGUGGGGAUGCAGUACGAUCAAUCUAAUGAAGAAAAGGUUGGGCAAGUAGAUCAGUAUCCAAUCAAAAGCUCCAUCCUGUAUCCUAAACCUGGCUCCAAAAAUCCGUUAAUCUCGUUCCACGUGUACAGUCUAGAUGGUCAACGACUUGAAACUUUGCAGGACAAAGAUGACAGUUUGGGAAGAGACUUUGUUGUGUACCAGGCUAGUUGGGUUGAUAACGACAACUUUUUGGUGAAACAAACUGAUCGAACAAGCAAAAUUCUUUCAAAAAAAUUGUAUACCCGAGGUGUAACCAGUUUGCUGUUGCUAGGCUCGGUUAAUGUGACUCAACUAUAUGGAGGUUGGGUAGGGAAGAUGAAGCCAAUCACCUUGGUAAAAGGGUCUUACGUGGACAACUACGUUGUUGAUGGCAAGAACUACCUAGCACUUUUCGACCAGCCGAGUGACAUCAUGCCGCUGAAGAUUUUGAACAAAUAUCAAACUAUUAGUGAAGGCAUUUAUGAUCCAACAGAGAAUUAUAUUUACUUUCUCACCAACAAGAAAAGUGCCAUGGACUCCCACUUGGUAGGGUAUGAUCUUUCAAAGGACAAGUAUAUUGAGAUUACAAGCUUGGAUGAAGAUGGUUACUACAUCACUUCUUUCUCGCAAAAUGGAAGAUUCUUGAAUCUUCAAUACGAGGGACCGAACCAACCGUGGCAAAGAUUGAUUGAUAUGGCUGAAUUGCACGACUCUUUGGAAGAUGCAAAUACUCUAAAAAAGGCACUUUUGCAAUAUCCAAUGGUCAACCACUUUGAUGUCUCAAAAAAGGAUUUUCAAAACAUCAACUUCCCAACAACGAUCCACAGGCAGAUUAAAAUCUCAAAGUUUGAUCUAGAGUUAUCCGUCAAGGAGAUUUUACCCCCUAAUUUUGACCCAAAACGCAAAUACCCAUUAUUAGUCCAUGCCUACGGGGGCCCUGGAUCACAGAAUGUGUUGAAGAAAUUUGACAUUGAUGCUUUAAAGGUUGCAAGUGCAGUGCUAAACGCAGUUGUGCUAGUGAUUGAUCCAAGAGGAACUGGUGGCGUAGACUGGAGAUUUCAAGCAUUUGCCAAUAAUAGGAUUGGAUACUGGGAACCAAGGGAUAUCAAAUUGAUCACAUCUGAGUACAUGCUGGCAAAUGAGUUUAUCAACAAGGACCGCGUGGCACUAUGGGGGUGGUCUUAUGGUGGCUUUACCACCUUGAAAACUUUAGAGUACGAUAAUGGGCGAAUCUUUAAAUACGGAGUUGCCAUUGCCCCGGUUACAAAUUGGUUGUUUUACAACUCUAUAUACACUGAACGCUACAUGAACCAACCAAAUGAGAAUCCCAACUAUGGAAAGUAUGCCAAAGUUCAAGAUGUGGAGAAUUUCAAAAAUAUCAACAGGUUCCUUCUCAUGCAUGGGUCUGCUGAUGAUAAUGUACACUUGCUGAACACCAUGUGGCUUAUGGACCAACUCAACUCUGCAAAUGUUAGAAAUUAUGAUGUCCAGAUUUUUCCAGAUAGUGAUCACAAUAUCGAUUACCAUAAUGCAAACACACUCGUGUAUGGAAAGUUGCUCACGUGGUUGAAGAAUGCUUUCAACGGAAGGUUUGAUGACAAGAGGGAAACUCUGUUAAACCCAAUUCAAAUUUACGAAGCCAAUUUGGAUAAACAAUUGAGGAUUUGCAAGUUGAAGAAGGAUACUCUAACAAAAGCAGCCAAAUAUGUAAGAGAUGAAAACAAAAUUCAACACUUGAUAAACUAUUGGCGUACUGUUGCACAACUUGCUUCAAACUACGUGUUCAAUGAGCAGUCUAUUGCAAUGAGCAAAAUGGGAGGUUUUCAGGAAUGGCAGCGACGUCAAUGGGAAAAACAGAAUGAGAAGGAUAGAGAAGAAAGGGCGGCUUUUUGGGAACAGGUUUCAGAGGAGUUUCAAGCAACAUCCAAUGAAAAUAAGUCUGCAAUGGUUGAGCAACUUGCAGACCUUGGACUUCUUGUUUCGAGUGAAGGUGAACUUUUGCAAGACUCGCACGACGAAACCAAAGAUGCUCCCUCAUUCUCCUCGCAAUUUACAAUGAGGGACUUGUACAACAUCUUGAAACUUGAUUAUGACUUAGUAGAUGAAGUUCAUACUUACGAAAUCGCUUUUGUUGCUCAACGCAAUACCAAGAGGGCCACUUCCAAAGUCUGCAAAACUGAGCAUAUGACUAUCGAUCCAGGAACUGUCCUUGACAGUAUAGACGAGGCGUAUCUAAGUAAUUUGUUGUCAGAAUUUUGCCACGGUCUUGACACUGAUCACGUAAGAUUAGAUGAAAUCGUGACUUCCAUACUUUCUGGUCUACCUGACAGCAUCACCUUGCACGAGUUGUACAAUUUUGCUUCGGAAGUAAUAGCAACGAGAAUAAUACACCACCCAGACUAUGCCAUAUUUGCCGGCAGAGUUGUUGCUCAUCUUUUGCAAUUGCAAAUACCAUACACGUUUAGUGAAAAUGUAAAACGACUCAAACAGGCAACCAAUUCGCGUGGAGUACCAUACGCCCAAAUGUCGGAAAAGUUCUAUACAGUCGUGAUGGAGCACGGUGAAGAGUUUGAUGAAAUUAUAGAAAAGACGGGGGAAAUUGAACUAGCAUACUUUGGAAUCAAGACUUUGGAAAACUCAUAUCUUUGGAGGAUCGGUGAUAAGGUAGCUGAGACCCCCGAGUUUAUGUUUCUCAGAGUUGCGAUUGAAAUACAUCAAGAUGACGUGGAUGCGGUAGAGGAGACCUACCGGCUAAUGUCGCAAAAACUAUUCAUACACGCUCUGCCCACCUUAUACAAUGCUGGGUGCACAUAUAAUUACCUUUCCUCGUGUUUCUUGUUGGCAAUGAAAGAUGACUCUAUUGAUGGAAUCUACAAGACACUUCAUGAAGCUGCCUUGAUAUCCAAAGCUUCUGGUGGUAUUGGAAUUCAUAUACAUAACAUCAGAGCCCAAGGAUCUCACAUUGCUAGUACCAAUGGGCGAGCUGGUGGUGUGGUGCCCAUGUUGCGUGUCUUCAACAAUACUGCACGAUAUGUAGAUCAAGGUGGGGGUAAGCGACCAGGUGCAUUUGCUGUAUAUUUGGAACCUUGGCAUGCCGACGUGUUUGACAUUUUAAAUAUGAGGAAAAACCACGGAAAUGAAGAGCUUCGAACACGGGAUCUAUUUUAUGGGUUAUGGAUUCCAGAUUUGUUUAUGCAAAGAGUGAAAUCUGGAGGUGAUUGGUCCUUGUUCUCUCCUGAUGUGGCACCAGGCUUGAGCGAUGUUUAUGGAGAUGAAUUUGUUAAUUUGUAUGAGCUGUAUGAGUCUCAAGGAUUGGCAACUACAACAAUAAAGGCUCAAAAGCUUUGGUUGGCAAUAUUGGAGUCGCAAACUGAAACGGGUGGGCCUUACAUGUUGUACAAAGAUGCAUGCAAUAAGAAAACCAAUCAAUCAAAUCUUGGUACAAUAAAGUCUUCGAACUUGUGUUGUGAAAUCAUUGAGCAUUCGUCCCCAGAUGAAACUGCAGUGUGCAACCUAGCAUCAUUGGGUCUCCCUUCUUUUCUUCACUCAAACGAUGAAAGUAUUGAGUUUGAUUUCGAGAAACUACAUGCUGCUACAAAAGUUGUCACCCGUAAUUUGAACAAAGUAAUUGAUGCAACUCGCUAUCCUGUGGAUUCAGCAGAGAAGUCCAACAAAAGAAAUAGACCGAUAGCUAUCGGAGUGCAAGGAUUGGCUGACUUGUUCCUUGAAUUGAGGUUGCCAUUUGACUCUGCAGAAGCAAAGAAACUCAAUUCACAGAUUUUUGAAACCAUAUACCAUGGUGCAGUGGAAGCUUCUGUCGAAUUGGCCAUGCUUGAGACACCAUAUUCCACAUUUGAUGGUUCACCAGCUUCCAAAGGAGUUUUACAAUUUGAUAUGUGGAACCAUAAACCAACAUUUUAUGACGAUUGGGACCAGUUGAAAGAAAACGUAAAGCAUUGUGGGUUGAGAAACUCGCUUUUGAUUGCUCCUAUGCCAACUGCUUCUACGUCGCAAAUAUUGGGCUUCAAUGAAUGCUUUGAGCCCUAUACAUCCAAUUUGUACACGCGUCGAGUAAUAUCUGGUGAGUUUCAAGUGGUAAACAAGUAUCUCAUUCGCGACCUAGCGGAUUUGGGCAUAUGGAAUAAUGCAAUGAGGAGCAAAAUUAUACAAGAUGGGGGAUCGAUUCAAAAUAUAUCGAUAAUCCCUGAAGACAUCAAAAAGCUAUAUAGAACUGUGUGGGAGCUAAAACAAAAAGACAUCAUAGACAUGGCUGCAGACAGAGGAAAAUUCAUUGACCAGCUGCAAAGCAUGAAUAUAUAUAUGCAGAAUCCAACUAUUGGCAAGCUCACCAGUUGUCAUUUUUAUGCGUGGGAGAAGGGGUUGAAAACAGGGAUGUACUAUUUGCGUACACAGGCUGCUACACGAGCAAUACAGUUUACUGUUGAUAAGGAUCAAGUAGAGCUAGCUGAGAAACAAGAGGUUCACAAGAGUCUCAAAAGAAAGAAAUAUGUGGAGGUGACUCCAAAGCGAAGAAGAGUGUCGGUUUAUGCAACGCCCGAUUCUGAAGUGUAUGAUAUUCAUGAUAUGACCCCGGUAGCUUGUGAUAUACGAGAUGCAGAGAAUUGUGAAUCAUGCUCAGGAUGA